GGAGGGACCGAGUAGAUGCCCUUUUCGGGGAAAAGGAGGAGGAGGAGGAGGAGGAGGAGGGAUGGGGUGGUGUGCGUGCUGCGCGCACCCGAACACACCCACCCGCGUAGGGGCUGGAGCUUGGGGCGGGCGCGCCGCUGGAAGGACGGGAAGGUGGCGCAAUGGGUCGGAAGAAGCCGAGGAGGGCCCGGUGUGGAAGAUGAGCUGCAGCCGGCCUUCCCUCCCGGGGCUCCGGAGCGACGGUGGGUGCCAGCGGAGCCCAGGGUCCGACGCUUUGGGCGCCAGGGUGCGGCUCCCGCCGGCGCUUUAAGACCAAGCCAAAGAAGUCGGAAACAGAAUCUGGCUGUAGGGUCAAAAGCAGUAGGAUCUCUACAACUGACCUACAUCUCUAAGGUCAGCGUGGCUACCCCCAAACAAAAGCCGAAAACACCAUUCUGUUUUGUUAUCAACGCCUUGUCUCAGCGCUAUGUCUUGCAAGCAAAUGACCAAAAAGAUCUGCAAGACUGGGUGGAAGCGUUGAACACCGCCAGCAAGAUUACGGUACCAAAGCAUGGAAGUUUGUCACUAGCCACAGAAGCGGGAAGGCACCCGUAUAAGACUGAAAUCAUUGGAGGAGUUGUCGUGCAGACACCCAUCUCUGUCAACCAGAAUGGAGGCGAUGGCUCUGAAGGCCACGAGCUUUCGUCUCACCCUUUGUUGAAGCGGUCCCAGAGUUACAACCCCGCUACCAAAACCCCGGUGGGACCGCUAGUCCUCAAGAGCGGCUACUGUGUGAAGCAGGGGAAUGUAAGAAAGAGCUGGAAACGCCGUUACUUCAUGCUGGAUGAAAUUUCUGUCAAUUAUUUCAAAUGCGAGCAGGAUAAAGAGCCUUUGCGGUCAAUCCUUCUGAAGGAUGUUCUGAAGACUCAUGAAUGUCUCGUCAAAUCUGGUGACCUUCUAAUGAGGGAUAAUCUCUUCGAAAUUAUAACAAGCUACCGGACCUUCUACAUCCAGGCCUACAGCCCUGAAGACAUGAAAAGCUGGAUCAAAGAGAUUACCGGUGCGGUGCAGGCGUUAAAGAGCUGUCCCAGAGAAAUGCCUUUGGUGAGAUCCGUGUCGAUGGAUAAGCGAGGAAGCCCAACCUUGUCCGGCUCCACCGCGGCCUCCAUAGCAUGGCUGAAGCAGCGAGGAGAGGAGCCCAAAGCUGGCCAGAAAGUUCCUUCCACUUCUUGCUGGCUACCUUGGAUGCCCGUGCCGCAGCUGGAAGAGAAGCAGCUGCCGGCAUCCAAGGAACAGGCCGAAGAGGUGAGCAACUCUGGGUUUGCCCCUUUGUCUGCAGAGCGAGAAGCUGGAGAGACCCAGGUCCGGCGUUUCCGACACAGGUCGGAGCCCCAGAACUUCAGAGAGCGCCGUUUUCUGAUUGACUUGGAGGAUGAAAACAUCAGAACCUCAGACGUGUGACGAUGCAGCAAAGUGGAUGUUGCCGGGAAACGGGCGUUCUGAGGAUGGGAUGUCCUGGAUGAACAAUUGCUAGCUUGCGCCAGCUCCGAAUGCAGAGAACAGAGACUGCCAACAAAGUUAAAGCUAAGAAGGAUCUACGCUUGCGCGUCGGUUGCUGAAGUCUUCUCAAGACCCAGCCUAGUGCCAGAAUGUUCGCGAUGGUCCUGCGUCGAGUCUUUUGAGGAUACCAGAACCGUACAAAGGAGUUUACCCCGUUCACCAUGGGAAGCUGUUCGUUAUGCCCUCGUGGCUUCCCGUCUGGGAAGGGAAGGGAAGCCGACAGUUGGAGGCCUUGAUAAACAUGUCGCGUUCCUGUCUGUUUGCUUGUGCAAACUAGAGUUUUACUAGAGUUACCCGGAACAUACAGCAACAUAGUAGAUCUACUCUU